CUCUCUGAUUCAUACGCCGUGCUUUAAAUAGGCAUCAUUAUUCUGUACCUAGUCUAUACCCGCGGGUCCUCUUUCUCAAGGAAGGGGCUUACUAUUCACAUAGGAGCUCGAUAUACUCCAUAUCUCAUUUGAUGCAUGACGGGAAAGCUCACCUAGAAUACUUGCAAACAGCUGCCUAAGACCUUACGCCUCUGUAUCCUCUCACCUGAUCCCUCUUCCUUUGUUAGGACCCUGGGAUGACAGCAGCCAUGGAAGUUACCUUUUCACAUCGGUGUCUCUUUUGCGGCCAGGCGAAGCAUAUCCCUGAAUCUCUCGCCCCAUAUGCCGAACUUCCAUGCUGUAGUAAGUGCGGGCUAUCGGCAUCGGAAAGCAACAUGCGGUUUCAAGAAGGACUCGCAGCACUAUUCGAGAAGAGCAUGACUCUCAAUCUGACAUCAACCUUUGUCGAUGAUCAAACACCGUGUUCUGGUCCUGUUUCUCCCCAGCCCAAGCCAUAUAGUAUCACCCAACACUACCACCACUCCGCGCAUAUAACCCGCCCAAAGGACACCACUAGCAGCACGGAGCUGUUUCCCGCGGUAGUUGACACACUCAGGCGUCACGGCGUUGAUGCAUCGACACUAUCGAAGGGGCAAUGGGAGCUUUAUGAGCGAGCAUUGCCAGAACAACGUUCACGCUUGAUACAGAUAUGGCAGAUAUCUCUGGAGCAUCAAGGUCCUUCCAGUAGUAACGAGGUCGAGGGCGUCACUUUACGAGAUCAGAAAUCAAUUGGACCAGCUGUCGACCUGACUGAGCGCUGCAACGUAUGGAGCGAUACUAGUACGGCUGUUGAUAUGGAUAUGUAUGACUCAGAUCAGGGCACGGGUCACAAUACUCACCACUAUGCCGAACCAUAUAUGAUCACUGGCUAUGAGGCUAUGGCUCAUAGCGAUAAAGAACUCGCCGGCAGAUGGGACAUAAACCCUGUAAGCGAGCCCACCACCGGGUCGCCAUACAAGCUUGCAAAUGAUCCUGCCUAUCGUGCACAGGGCCAGAGACGGUGGGAAUGCGCGCGGUCGGCAUCGUCCGAGUGCCAGUAUGGCAUGUUCGAGGAAAUGGAUCGAUACUCGCACUGCGGUGUUGUGCAGUCUCGUCACUAGGCCUACGCUUGGUUGCUA